AUGUCAAGACUGCUGGAGGAACAGGAAAGCUACCACGAUUUGAUAAUCACUGAUAUGGAGGAAUCAUAUGAAAACUUGGUGUUCAAAGUUAAUGCAAUUAUGCAGUUCUUCAUGAAGUUCUGCUCGAGAUCAGACUUUCUGAUGAAGGUUGACGACGACGUUUCUAUACAUUUUGACCGCAUGUUCACAUACUGGAAGGAUGCCAGACAUGGCGAAGAUAGGAUAUAUUGUCGGGUGUGGUCGGCUAUUCCGGCGAUACGGGACCCAUCCAGUAAAUGGUUCAUUCCACAUAAAAUCUGGCCUAGAAAGGUGUUUCCAAGUUACUGCGAUGGACCAAUUUAUUUGAUGGGACGAAGUGCCGUUCAUGAUAUUCUUAAUCUAGCGAAUCACUGCCACGAUCCAUUCCCUCUAGAGGUAUGA